CAACUGUUACGUUGGCGCGCCGCCAGGUUUGGCUGGCGCAGUCACCACUUUCGGAGGUGUGUCGACGGACCCUCCGUUCUCUUCCAGUGGUCCCAGGCCAGACAUUUGGGCCAGCUGCUCUUCAGGCCCUGGAGCGAAGUGUACAGGUUGGCCAGGCUAGCCAGCAGUUUGCUAGCUUACGGCGUGCACCUCUGCUUCAUUCUAGGCCGGGGGCCUCUGCGGUACCCCGUGCCUAUAGCUCUCAACCACGUUCAGGUGGACAAUCGAGGGGCCAGCACUUCUCAGCACGGGCUGGCCAGCGCCGUAGCUCUGCGCCACGGGUGGCAUUUCAGGCGCCAAGAGGUUCGGCGCCCAGCCGCCGCCCCCCCAGGGCCCCUAGGGGCAGGGGGGGUAGGUACUGAAGUCCAAGGGCCGGUCGUCGGACGCUUUUCUCAGCGGCACUUGAGCUACUGGCAAGAGCAGACCACAGACCCUUGGAUAGUGUCCACGCUAUCCAACGGGUACACACUACAAUUCCGACGCCGGCCCCCAACUUUCAGCGGGAUCAAGGUUACCGUGGUCACCAAUCCCGACAGAUCCCUGGUCCUGAGACAGGAAGUAGCCACCCUCCUUGGGAAGGGUGCUAUCGAAGUAGUAGAACCACAAGAACAGCUCGAUGGGUUCUACUCAACCUACUUUCUGGUACCGAAGAAGGAUGGCGGGUUUCGCCCCAUUCUGGACUUGAGAGGGCUGAAUCAGUUCCUCAAGGUUCUUCCCUUCCACAUGCUGCGUGUUGCGGACGUCCUCCAGGCUAUCGCUCAGGGGGACUGGUUCGUAUCAAUAGACCUGAAAGACGCUUACUUUCACGUCCCUAUUACCCAACGUCACAGGCGGUUCCUCCGCUUUGCUUUUCUGGGCAAGGUUUACCAGUUCAGGGUUCUUCCGUUCGGGCUGUCUCUGGCCCCGCGUAUAUUUACACGGUGUGUAGCAGCAGCCCUGUCACCAUUACAGGCCACAGGUAUGGCGAUACUGCCAUACCUGGACGACUGGUUGGUCAUUUCCCCAACUCGGGAGCAGGCGGUCAGGGACACAGCCAUGCUCCUCAGCCAUGUGGACCGGCUUGGCCUUAUGGUCAACUUUACCAAGAGCAACCUUACACCAUGUCGGGUUGUGAGCUAUCUGGGGCUGGUGCUCGACUCGGUGGCCAUGCGAGCCUGCCUCUCUCCAAAGCGCGUAGCUACCAUUCUGCAGCUGCUACAGCGCUUCAGGCGGGGGAAGUUGCUGGAAUACAGCCUCUUCCUUCGACUGAUAGGUAUGCUGACCUCAGCAUCCAUGGUGGUCCCACUAGGCCUUCUGGAAUUGCGUCCCCUUCAGAUCUGGGUGAAUGGUCUCCACUUGGACCCCAAGUGGCAGAGACACAAGAUGGUCAGGGUGUCUGGGCGGUGCCUUCGGGCCCUCAGACCCUGGAGAGAGAGGGCAUACCUGAUUGCGGGGUCGCCCUUAGGGAGGAUAGCUUCCCGGCGGGAGGUUGUGGAGACGGACGCCUCCCUUUCCGGCUGGGGUGCAGUAUGGCAGUGCAGGACUGUCAGAGGCCAGUGGGAUGCCCAGCAGAGACUGGAGCAUAUAAAUGUGCUGGAACUCCUUGCGGUGUUCUUAGCUCUCAGGCACUUCCUUCCAGUUCUGAGGGGCAGACAUGUUCUUGUCCGGACAGACAACACCUCCACAGUCUACCACGUCAACCAUCAGGGGGGCACCAGAUCGAGGCAGAGCCUGCGGGUCACGCAAAGGCUCCUUCCGUGGGCGUUCCCCCAUUUUCUAAGCCUGAGGGCUGUCCAUGUUCCAGGUGUCCGGAACACAGCGGCAGACCUUCUCUCUCGCCAAGGGCCACCCCCCGGAGAGUGGAGACUCCAUCCGGAGGUGGUGGGGAUGAUUUGGGACAGGUAUGGCAGGGCAGUGGCGGAUCUCUUUGCUUCCGAAGAGACCACCCACUGUCCCCUUUGGUUCUCCUUGACGGAGAGGACCAGUCCCCUAGGGCAGGACGCUCUGGCUCAUGCUUGGCCAGACAGCCUGCUUUAUGCAUUUCCCCCAAUUCCCCUUUUACUGGCAACGCUGGACAGGGUCCAGCGUGGCUGUCACAGCCUACUUCUGGUGGCUCCACAUUGGCCAGGAAGGCCAUGGUUCCCACCAUUACUGAAACUCCUCAACGGAGAGCCUUGGUGCCUCCCAGAGAGACAGGACCUUCUGUCUCAGGUAGGCGGACGCAUAUGGCACACGAAUCCUGGCCGCCUGCGGCUGUGCGUGUGGCCCCUGAGAGCCAGGAUCCACUGCUGACGUCUUGCGACCAGUCAGUUGUCCGUACUAUUUUUAGUUCAAGGGCACCCUCCACUAGGUUGCUUUAUGCAAACAGGUGGAAGUUGUUUUCACAGUGGUGCGUGGCGCGGGGCGAAGUCCCGGAGACCUGCUCAGUGGUAGUGAUACUACACUUUCUGCAGUCUGUGUUGGACAACAGAAGAGCUGCGUCUACCCUGCGUGUUUAUAUGGCCGCGAUCUCAGCCACACACGCAAGGGUGGAUAACCAGACGGUAGGGUCCCACUACCUAAUCAGGCAGUUUCUGAAGGGAGCCCAGAGGCUUCAACCGCCGCGAUCCCUGAGGGCACCAUCAUGGGACCUGAAAGUAGCUCUGAGGUCCUUAUGUCUACCCCCAUUUGAGCCACUAAGUCAGGCAGACCUGACGCGGCUGUCCAUGAAGACGGCAUUUCUCCUCGCCAUUGCAACUGCAAAACGGGUCGGUGAACUCCAUGCCUUGUCAGUAAGCCAGGCGUGUUUGCGCUGGCACGCAGAUGGGUCAGGAGUGGUGCUCUGGCCGAACCCAUCCUUCCUACCCAAACGAUUGUCUCCCCAUCAUGUAAACCAACCAAUCGAGUUGGCUGCUUUCAAUCCCCCAGGCUCUCUAGGGGGUGCAGAAAGAGUGUCAGACCUGUUGUGCCCGGUGCGGGCGCUUAGGGCAUACGUUGAAGCGACAACCAGCUUACGUAAGACAGAUAACCUCUUUGUCUGUUACGGGGGCUGCAGGAAGGGGGCUGCCCUGUCUAAACAGAGACUCUCCCACUGGGUUGUGGAUGUGGUCUUGAAUGCCUAUAGGGCACAGAGGCUCCCUAUGCCCUUGGCCGUUAAGUGCCACUCUACCAGGAGUAUGGCUACUUCAUGGGCUGCCUUGAAGGGGGUUCCACUUCAGGACAUUUGCUCCGCGGCUACAUGGUCCUCAUCAUGUACGUUUGCCCGAUACUACAGGGUUAAUGUCGCUGCUCCUCAUCCUGUGGCGACGGCUGUCCUGUCGGCGGCUUCGAGCCCUUGAUUGAAGUGAGCACUCUUCGUGACCUUUUUGGUAUUAGUCAUCCAGUGCUAAAGCACCGCCUCUGGCGGUCAGUAGGAAUGAAAUAGAACGAUAGUUACGUAUGUAACUACGGUUCUAUGAAUUCCGGAUGACCGCCAGAGUUCUCUGUCACUCAGACUUCUCAGAUUCCGCGAGAAGAUCCAGUUGGAACAGAACCUCGGGUGACUCCGGAAUAUAUAGACUUUCUCGGGUCACCCAGGUGUCACAGGUGACUUUUUUGGUAUAAUUACUCGACCUGCGCAUGCGCGAGAUGGAACAUCCAGUGCUAAAGCACCGCCUCUGGCGGUCAUCCGGAAUUCAUAGAACCGUAGUUACAUACGUAACUAUCGUUUUUUAUUGGUCGUCAUGAAAAAAAACAUAAGGGGUAACACUGUUGUUUUUUAUUGGUCGUCAUGAAAAAAAACAUAUGGGGUAACACUGUUGUUUUUUAUUGGUCGUCAUGAAAAAAAACAUAAGGGGUCACACUGUUGUCUUUUUAAAAAAAAACAUAAGGGGUAACACUGUUGUUUUUGUCAAAUGAAAUAUAAGGGGUAACACUGUUAUUUUUUAUUGGUCGUGAUGAAAAAAAACAUAAGGGGUAACACUGUUGUUUUGUAUUGGUCGUCAUGACAAAAAACAUAAGGGGUAACACUGUUGUUUUUUAUUGGUCGUCAUGAAAAAAAACAU